CAAAUACAGUCAUCUCUCUAGAGAAGCUGAAUACAUACUCAUAGGGAAGAAAUUAUAAGAAAACAAUAUAAAGAAUCCACCGGAGAUUUUCUCCAGUCAAUCCACGCCGUAGAAAUGUUGAAUCUACCGGAUUCCUUGUAUGAGGACUAUAGUAAACUCAAGUUGACUUCUCCCUCCUCCUCCUAUGCUUCUUCGUCCUCCGCUCCUCCUCCUCUGCCUGCGCUCACCAUCAUUCCUCAGCCGACCAUAAUGAUGAUUUUCCAGUGGAUCAGUGAUCUUCAUAAACCGAACACGUUCGAAUCUUAUUUUGCGUUGCAUAAUCUCGCUCAUCAUAGGAACAAUUUUGAGUUCUUGCCGUGCCUGUUAUGGGAAUCCCAUGCUACUGCGUUCAUUAUGUUGCAGGAUGUUAUUGCAGUCUACAGACACAUUGUAGGACACAUCUCAUCACUUCCAUUUCCUCCUCCUCAGUUGAAUCCACUUCGAGCGUACAAUGUUUUGCUUUUGUUCCAGAGCAUAGCUUAUCACCCAGAGACAAGAGGCCGGUUUAUUAAAGCUAAGAUGCCAAACUAUUUGUUUCCUUUGAUUGACGUUGGUGUCACUGAAAGGCCUUAUGAACGCAUAAGGCUGGCUGCAUUGGGUGUCAUUGCUCAUAUGUUGAAGGCGUCUCAAGAUGGAGUUGCUGUUCGUUACCUUAUGGACUCAAGUGCUGUUGGUCACUUGGUGAAAACCGUUGAGUUUGGCUCUACUGAUUCAAAAACCGUUGCUGCAUUCAUACUUCACAAGAUAAUGUCCAGUGCUGAGGGGCUUCAGUACUGCUGUGUCUUGGCUGAUCGGUUUUUCGUCAUCAAUGAUCUCCUUAAGAAGCUGCUCAACUAUCUUGGUACCAUGGUUAGACCUUCUCCAGCCUUGCUAAAUCUUGUCGUUGGUUGCUACUCCAAGCUCUCUCAGAAAUCCAGGGCUCGUGAUGGAUUAAGGCGAUACACUCCUGGCUUGCUGUUUGAUGGCACCUUCGCCCGUUUAAUUGCUGAGGAUCCAGUCACUGAGAACUAUUGGAGACAGCUGGUUCAGAACCUGGAUAACAUUAGCAAUGAUGUACCGGAGAGACUGUUUUCAUUGAAGAGAUGAAAACUCAAUUUGAUACACAGCGCGCCACAGG